GAGGUAAAGUCAAGCCACCAUAAGGAUGUCAGGCCGCAAGAGGGGGUCGCAACAGAGAAAGGGAAAGAGUGAAAAUAAAGAGAAUGUAAAGCUCGAAGAGGAAAAGAGGUGACCGAAUGGGCAAGCAAGGCUUGGAUAAGAGCAUCAAAGAAAGGAAAAAGAAAGAUUUGGUGGCAAAGACAAGCAGGAAACUCGAGGUCUUCUGGGAAGCAGUAAAAGAGCUUAAAGAACAAGAUGAUGAAUUUCAAGCAUGUCAAAGAUGUUCGUGACGCUGAAGAUGCUCUACACAACCUGGACCGUAAGUGGGUGUGUGGCCGUCAGAUCGAGAUCCAGUUCGCUCAGGGAGACCGAAAGACGCCCAAUCAGAUGAAAAUGAAGGAGCGCAGAUCACCACGCAGCUUCUCACGAUACGACGACUAUGACCGAGACAGCCGACGCAGGCGUUCUCGCAGCCGCAGCUACGAGAGGCGAAGGUCACGUAGCCCCUCAUAUGAGCGACGCCCGAGGAGAUCAGAGAGUCCAAGAGACACUCGUGGAAGGCCAUACGGCAGGCAGGGACGGAGCAGAAGCAGAGAGCAUGAGCGCCAUAGACCGCCACCCCGCGACCACCAUCGAGGCCACCCAGACGCCCCCUCCCGAAGCUGCAGUCGGUCUGGUUCACCCUCCCACUCCAGGGCCAGGCCACCAGCCCGGAGAGAGUCCAGAGGGAAGUCCCGCUCCCGAUCAAAAUCUGUUACCCCCAGAGACGGCGGAGACUUCCACGCGGUCUCAGACGCACCGGAGUCUCACGAAGAGUCACGCGUUCACUCCCCAUCUCGGUCGCACUCUCGUUCUGUCUCCCGCUCCCGUUCUCGAUCUCGGUCUAGGUCCUGGGCUGGGCGAAAGUCUUGGGGACAUUAGAGCUUUUGCCUGGGAGGGAUGGCAUGGAUCUGUGCUUUCUCACUAAUUAAGGAUCUUUUUUUGUUGAUUUGGAUUUGUUCUCAUUUUGAUUGAACCGUUUGAGUUUGCCACAGUUAUGGCCGCUUUUGUUUGUUAAAUUAUGUCUCUUUUUAUUCUGCCUACGUUUUUUGUUUUCUCCCUUUUUUAUGUGAAUGAUAAUGAAAAGGGCCUCUUAUUCAUUGAAGUAUACAUAGUGGUUGUACACCAUUAAUUCUAGACUGUUGCCCAUCAUUGCUUUUUCAGUAUCAUUACAGAAUGUAUGUUAGAUAUUACUAGUGUACUUUGAGUAGGCGAUAGUUGUACGAAGAUGAAUAUAUAAAAUGGAUAUCUGCUCCCAUUUGGAGUCAAUUGAGUUUACAUUCUCUGUGUAACUGCGAUUUAAUGCCUCCAUUGAGUCUAGGCUUUAAUUUUUUUUUUUUUUUUUUUGUAAAUGC